UGACUUUCUGCCUACGCCGAGGAACUGCUGUGCGCAUGCGCACUGCAUCGGGUUCUGCCAGGACGGGGAGGACAUCACGGAAAAAAAUUAAAAAAGCGUAGCGGCGGCACCACAAACCCCACGCGGGGAUCGCGUUUCUUCGCUGCGUCAUAAAAACAGCGCGGCCCACCAACAUGGCUCUGGCGUUAAGGUGCGGGACAACCCUUCUCCGAGGCCUGGACGCGGUGUGAGCCGUUCACCGGGAGGGGAGCGAUAUUUUCUUCGUAUGGGAGCAGCAUGCGGGAAAUGGUCGGAGGCUGCUGCGUGUGUUCGGACGAGCGUGGCUGGGCGGAGAACCCGCUGGUGUACUGCGACGGACACGGCUGCAGCGUCGCCGUUCACCAAGCCUGCUAUGGCAUCGUCCAGGUUCCCACCGGCCCCUGGUUCUGCAGGAAGUGCGAGUCACAGGAAAGAGCCGCACGGGUGAGGUGUGAGCUUUGCCCCCAUAAGGAUGGAGCCCUCAAGAGGACGGACAGUGGAGGAUGGGCCCACGUAGUGUGUGCACUCUACAUCCCAGAGGUGCAGUUCGCCAACGUCCUCACUAUGGAGCCCAUUAUCCUGCAGUACGUCCCGCACGAGAGAUACAUCAAGACCUGCUACAUCUGCGAAGACCACGGCAGAGAGAGCAAGGCGGCCUGCGGGGCCUGCAUGACCUGCAACAGGCAGGGCUGCAGGCAGGCUUUCCACGUCACUUGUGCUCAGAUGGCCGGCUUGUUGUGCGAGGAAGAAGGACCAGAAGCUGACAACGUGAAAUACUGCGGCUACUGCAAACAUCACUACAACAAAAUGCAGAAGAAGCUGCGCUCCGGUGAAAACAAAAGCAGCUCCUUCAGUCACUUUAGGGGGCGCUCCAGCUCCCCGUCACAGGAGAAACAGCAUCACCACCACAAGCAAAGGAAGAGUCACAAGGACAAGAUCCGCCCAAAAGAGCGCCACAACAAGACCGGUGACAACAUGAGCGCCUCCAUGCCAACAAGCAGCAUAGAAAAAAUCUCCUCCAGCCACCACGGCAGCAAAGACAGCAGCGAGGGAAAGCCCAAAAAGCUCAGCUCGCACAUUCACGUCCAUCGCAGCAAAAAGACGGGAAGCAACGGGAAGAGCUCCUCCUCCUCCUGCUCCUCCAGUCCCUUCAACCCAGAAGGCUCCCUGUCUGCGGCUCCAGACUUCCACCAGUUCUCCUCUUCCUCCUCCUCCUCUCGCCUGGAGCGGGAGCACGACCGUGGAGCCGAUGAGCACAACGGAGAAGAGCGCAAGACUCGACACAGGAGGCCUGCAGUGCAGGAAGAGGAGGAAGAAGAUGACAAGGAUGAAAAAGAGGAGGAGGAGGAAGAUGAGGAGGACUGUAAAUAUCACAAACCGCCGGCGCUCACCCCCGCCGAUGGCCCUCUGGGGGGGUCAGAAGGUCGCUCCAGCCCGUUUGAGAACAAGGUCACCAUCUCCACCUUUGGCUCCAUCAUGCGCAUCACCUCCUCAUCAGCUCUGGGCAGCAACAGCAAGAUCCGCAAGAUCUCCUCCUCCGGAGACCACAAACCUCCCAAAUCCAUCUGCAAGCCGUCCCCAAUGAGCGCCCCGCCCAUCUUGGAGGAGGCCGACAAGAAGGAGAAGGCCACGCCGCCGCUGCCGCUGCCGCCCCCGCCGCCGCUGCCGCUGCCCCACGAGAGGAGGCACCGCGGCAGCAAAAAGAGUCGGCACGGGCCGGGACGCCCGCGGGGGAGCAAGAACCGGGAGAGAAGGGAGGAGGAGCACCACCACCUCCGGGCUGCUGCACCACCUCCUCCCGCCUUGACCUCCUCUCUUUAUCCCACCCCGUCCAUUCCAGCGUGCCCCGCCACCUCUUCCUCUCUCUCCUCCUCCUCCUCAGCGGGGAGUUUCUCUGCAGGCCGAGGCGGUUCUCUGCUCGGCUCGGGUAUCUACACCGGUCUCAAAGACCCACUGUCUGUGGUCGGGGGAGUCUGCACCACCUCCUUGUCCAUGGGAGGGGGGAUGUGUAGCACCCCUCUGUCCUCGGGGCUCGUCUCCUCCCACGUCUCCUCGCUGCCUCACCCGUCAGUCAGCGCCGCCUCAAACGCACAGGUCCAUCCAGGCUCCAGCGCCUCCUACAGUCGGAGCUCCACACAACCGUUUUUCAGCUGUCUGUCCACGGCGCCGCCUCUGCUGAGCCAAGCGCAGACGUCGCUGCCAGAGUCCGACCUCGAUGACUGCCGUUUCCCGUGUCAGGGGACCUCGCCGAGAGAGAGUCUUUCCUCGCAGUCUCCCAUGAGCUGUCUUCCUCUUCUGUUCGACCACAGAGACGGGCUGGGCGCCGGAGCCCGAGCCCGUCCAGAAAACGUCCCCCCUGCCAGCUCGCACAUCGAGCUUCUGUUGGAAAAACACGGCAAUGCAGAGAUGGGCGUCAACAUUGUGGAGAUGCUGCAGUCGCUGCAUUCCCUGCAGCAGGAGAACCAGCGGCUCCAGGACCAGAUUCUCAGCCUGACUGCCAAGAAGGACCGGCUUCAGGUGCUCAACACCGAGCUGGCCGUGCCUUUCCCUCCUCACGCUCACUCCUCGCAGACUUCCUUCCACUCAUCUGCGCAUAUCAGCUUCCUGUCAUCAAAUCAAGAUCCCCUGAGCUCCAGUAAGAGUCCGCUGUCCAAGAGUUGCUUCCUGAACGACUCGUCCUUUGUGACGUCUUCAGAGGAGCUCCACUCGGGAAGCCCGUCCCGCAGCAGCUCCUCGCUCUCCUUUCAGAGUACUCCUCCUCCUCAGCAGAGCCCCGCCUCCUUCGGUCAGCCCCUCCUGAAUGGGUUGGGUCGAGGCUUGAGUGACAGCUUGGGGGGCCAGAUGGGUGGCUCCUCUCUGCCCACCAUGGGGGGGCUCAUGACGCCCCUGGCAGGAAGCCCUCAGCUGAACGGCAUGCUGGGAAGCCUCAACGGCGUGAUUCAGGCCCCGGCGCAGAACUUGUCACAGUCGACGCUUCCCGCUCUGCGGCCCCAGCCCCCCCCACUCCACCCACAGGCGUUGGCUCAGAGCUUCCAGCUGCCCAAGAGCGCCAGCCCGUCGGCUCUGCUGUCGGAGCAGCAGAAGCAGCUUCUCCUGGAGCAGCAGCAGCUGCAGCAGUUCCUCGCCGCGCAGAACUUCACGCCGGAGCAGCAGCUGGUGGUGUGUCAGAUGCUGCAGCAGCAGAGGCAGCGGGAGCUGCAGCGCCUCACGCUGACUGGGGCGCUCGGCUCCACCCCCAGCUCCCCCAUGCUGGCUCCGUCGCCUGGCCUGCUGUCGUCAGCCUCGCCGCUGCAGGGCGGACAGGGUGGCGGCCUGUUCCUGCAGGAGAACGCGCUCCACAAACCGCCGGCCUCAGAAAAGGGCGGAGACAAAAACGGGUGAUGCUCCCCGCUUGGAUGAAGACGUGGCCGCCUCCUGCCAGACUGACAGACUUUCCCUCAUCUUUGUCUGACAAACGUCUAUGAAUGUAAAGCAGGUGGAGUUUCUCGUGUUUGGAAAUUCUUGAUAUCAGAGGUGUUUGUUUGUUUGUUUAUUUGUUUGUGUAGGCAGCUUUCAGAGAGAGCAUGAGUACAGUGGUCUCUCCUUAAAUUGCACUAAUUUGUUUGCUCGACCAACCAGGCAGCCUGUGAGGGCAGCUUUGUGGACUUUUAUUUUGAAAUAUUGACUGAUCAUGGACUUCUCGAGCACUGACCCCGCCCACCCCGUUUGACCUGUUGUGACCUGAUGCAGCCAUGCAAAAGGGAAAGGUUUCUGAGUAAUUUAUCGAAGCGCAAUGAUAAAAAAAAAAAAAGUUAUAUUUCUGUUUUUAAAGCAGGACUGUUUAGAUGAGCUUUCAGUUGGGGUUUGGUCCAAUUGCUUUUCAAUCGUAACAAAACAUAUUAUCAUUAAAGGGCCAAUACCAUGCUAUUCUUGAUAUCCAUGUAUAUGAUAAUAUACUACAUCUGGCACACAAAAGAACCAUUUUGUGUUAAAUAUUAGUUAUUUUCCUGAGUUCUUUUCCAACCUGAAAGUAAGACGCCUCGAUGUCUGAGGCUCCGCCUUUGUCUCUGUGUGGUUGCCAUGACGUCAUCAAGAUGGAUGUGCAUAGAAAAACAUUUUUAAUCAAUAACUGCUAGAUCGUGGAGAAAGUGGGUGUGUGUGUUUGCCUGGGGGCGGAGCUGGCAGCACAGACUCUUCCUGGAAGGGCCGGUGCCUCAUCGGUCUACGUCACAAUGUGAGAACCCGCUCGUUUUAAUGGAUUGGAAGCUCAGCGGCCCAGGUUUUUAGUGGAUUAAUCAGAAAUGAGUGACAGGAUCAAAAUACCGCUUUGGGGUUGUUUAUAGUAAGGAAUUAACCUUAUAAUACACUUAAAAGCUCAAAAAAAUGGAUUUUGCAUGGUAUAGGCCCUUUAAGAAACAUUUUUUAGUUAGGAUUUAAGGAUUUUAAUUUUUUCUGAAUCUUUUGUUACAUUUCAACAUUAAACCACAGCUUGGGCUAGCUUCAAAUGGCACUACAAACAUUUACACUUUUUGCUAUAGAUCCUCACACCCCUCCACAAAUGUAAGGUAAGAAAAGAUGUGUUCUAGAAGAAACACUUUUCCUCUAGGGGGCGCCACUGCACAGAUUCAUGCAUCUGUCAUCAGACAAACCUGUAGUCGUCAUUGAACCGAUACUUUCCAGUAUAACUUGAACUAUUUUCCCUUUGUGUGUGUCAAUAAAAGACACUUUAAACGUAAAGUCUCUUUCAGGCUGCAUGCAGAAAUAAGUUAUUUAAUUGAGUCAUAUGCACAUUUUAGACAUAUAACAGCAACUAUAAGCAGCGGUUGCAAAUAGGCCUGCACGAUAUUAGAAAAAUCUGCGAUAUGCGAUAUCAGUGUUUGAAACUGCGAUGAUGGUAUGACUUGCGAUAAAUGGAAAAAUAGAAAAGCAAAAAUACCAAUACAUUUUGGUUUCAGUGCGAGUUUUAUUCAAAUAAUUCAACACAACUUAAAUUAACGUGCAAGUUUUAUUCAAAAAGAAGAAAAUAUAUUUACCAUAGAACUUGCCAAAACUAUGAUGAAUGAUUACAAAAAAUUUAUAUAGAUGCCCAGGAAUAAAAUAGGUUGGUGUCUCCUACAUUUCCAUUUUACUGCAAGUGUUAUUAAAUAAGUCAACAUAACUUAAAAUCAAAGUCUUUUUCAAAAAGGAGAAAAAGUUAAGACCUAUAGCUGUGGCCAAAACAUAAAUGAACAAU